GUUUACGAACGCUCAACACCAGUUGAAUAUGGCCGGUGUCACUAAACGUCAGCAAAAAAGAUGCGCAAUUCAAUUGUUGCCAGCAACACAGUUACACUCACCAACGAUCUGGAUAACAUGAAAACAGCCUCUUCUAGGGAUGACAUGAGAACAGAGUCCAGAAGAAGAAAUCUACUCAUAUUAAUCUUUCAUCAUUUAAUGGAGGCAGGGUACGUGGAUGCUGCCAGUGCUCUGGAACAGGAUACCAAUGUCUGCUUCCGGCGGUUUGAAGUGUGUGACAAUAUAGACCUGGACACUGUGUUGAUGGAGUAUGAGAGUUACUACUUCAUCAAGUUCCAGAGAUAUCCCAAACUAACCAAGAAACUGCCAGAACCAGUUGAAAGUAGACAUGCAAGAAGUUGUGGAAAAAAGAGGGUCCCCUGCACUGGAGUUCAGCCCCUGCCCAGAAUAAACUCCUCCCACAGACCCCCCUCCAGGGGUGGAGUCAAGAAGACAGAACCCAAGAUGGUGGUCAAGGACGCCAGUAAAGCUGUUGGUGAGAACGGGGGGCGCUCCUCUCCUCCAGAGCCGACAGAGUUCGGCCUGAAUGUUUCCCCCAUCAUCAGGAACGGAGCAGGAGAAGGACAGAUGAAGAAGGGUCAGCUGAUUGACUGCAGAGGCCUUAUCCAGGAUGCAUCCAACAGUCUGUCAGAACCCAUGGAGCCUCUUCUGAAACCCCUCAGCGCCUUCAUUGGGAUGAACAGUGAGAUGAGAGAUCUGGCUGCUGUUAUUAGCAGGGACAUCUAUUUACAGAACCCCGCUGUGCGCUGGGAUGACAUUAUAGGCCUGCAGGCCGCCAAGCGAUUAGUCAAAGAGGCUGUCGUCUACCCUAUUAAGUAUCCACAGCUAUUCACUGGCAUCCUGUCUCCAUGGAAAGGUCUGCUGUUAUACGGACCUCCAGGUACAGGUAAGACACUGCUGGCCAAGGCUGUAGCCACAGAGUGUAACACCACCUUCUUCAACAUCUCAGCCUCCAGCAUCGUCAGCAAGUGGAGAGGAGACUCUGAGAAGCUGGUCAGGGUGUUGUUUGAGCUGGCUCGCUACCAUGCCCCUUCCACCAUUUUCCUGGAUGAACUGGAGUCAGUUAUGAGCCAGAGAGGGACUGGAGGAGGAGGAGAGCACGAGGGCAGCAGAAGGAUGAAGACAGAGCUUUUGGUCCAGAUGGAUGGACUGGCCCAAUCUGAUGAUCUGGUUUUUGUCCUGGCAGCAUCUAACCUUCCCUGGGAGCUGGAUCAUGCCAUGCUGAGACGUCUGGAGAAAAGGAUUAUGGUUGGCCUUCCCUCUGGCAAUGCCCGACAGGCCAUGGUCUCUCAUUGGCUGCCUCCACUCAGCUGCACUGGAGGGGUGGAGCUACGCACCGAGCUGGCCUAUGAGAUGAUUGCACAGGCGACGGAAGGAUACUCUGGGUCUGAUAUCAGGCUGGUGUGUAAAGAAGCAGCCAUGAGACCAGUCAGGAAGAUAUUUGAUGCUCUAGAGAGCCACCAGCAGGGGAGCUGCAACAUGCCUGUCAUUCACCUGGAAACUGUGACAACAGACGACUUCCUGGAGGUGAUCGCUCACACCAAACCCUCGGCCAGGAACCUUAUAGACAAAUACACCGCCUGGGAGACUCAGUACGAGUCUGUGUGACACACUCAACAUAGCUAUAUACAGUGCCUUCAGAAAGUAUUCAGACCCCUUGACUUUUUCCACAUUUUGUUAUUUUACAACCUUAAUUUAAAAUGUAUUCCAAAAAAUAAUAAUUAACUUUUCAUUUUAUUUUUUAAAUUUUACCCCUUUUUC